AUGGCUGCCAAUGAAGUGCAAGAUGAGCUUAUAAAAGCUCUGUUGACUCUGUGCAAAAGUGAAGGCAGUCUAUGGCGUGCACUUCAGGGUCGUGAAGGAGUUCAACUAUUGAUAUCUCUUCUCAGCCCUUCAUCAGAACAACAGCAAGAAUAUGCAAUUGCAUUGCUUUGCCUUUAUCUAAUGAAAAUGAUGAAAGUAAAUGGGCAAUUACCGUUGCUGGUGCCUCCAGCCACAGUUCUUCACGAACAUCAUCAUGAUUCUUCAUCCUUCAACAUCAACGUACCUUCUCCGCCUCCAUAA